AGGAGGACUGGUGGUGAUGGGCACUGGGGCCUCGGGUCGCAACUGGGGCCCGAGUCAGGGCUGGGGCCUGGGCGGGGACAGCCGGGGACUAGGGGGCGCCGGGAUCGCCAUGGCAACGCGCGGCCGCCCCUCGUUCCCUCACGACCCCACCCGGGUUCUAGAGCUUAAUGGCCGAGGGCUCGUUGUCUGACGACUUCCAAGGGGCGAAGACAGGGUCGACCGGGGGGCCGCUCCCGGGUCGGUGGAACAGCCGCGGACUGGCGAUGACUUUUCAGGUUUGGGGGUGGCGGAGGGAAGAUGCGUCUCGGGUUUUAGCCUGGGUGCCCGACGCCGAGGGCGGGAGAGGUGCAGCGAUGCCGCGCAGGACCUCUGCUACAAAAGACCCCACAGCUGUAGAGAGAGCAAACUUGUUAAACAUGGCUAAAUUGAGUAUCAAAGGACUCAUUGAAUCUGCUCUGAGCUUUGGCCGCACUUUGGAUUCUGACUAUCCCCCUUUGCAGCAGUUCUUUGUUGUUAUGGAACAUUGUCUGAAACACGGUCUUAAAGUAAGAAAAUCAUUUUUGAGUUAUAACAAAACUAUCUGGGGCCCCUUGGAACUGGUGGAGAAGCUAUACCCAGAAGCAGAGGAAAUAGGAGCCAGUGUCCGGGAUUUACCUGGUCUCAAGACUCCCCUGGGUCGUGCAAGAGCAUGGCUUCGAUUAGCCCUCAUGCAAAAAAAAAUGGCCGAUUACCUGCGUUGCUUAAUUAUUCAAAGGGAUCUCCUAAGUGAAUUUUAUGAGUAUCAUGCACUAAUGAUGGAAGAGGAAGGAGCGGUGAUUGUUGGGCUGCUGGUUGGCCUGAACGUGAUAGAUGCUAAUCUCUGUGUAAAGGGAGAGGAUUUAGACUCACAAGUUGGAGUGAUUGAUUUUUCCAUGUAUUUAAAGAAUGAAGAAGAUAUUGGAAAUAAAGAAAGGAAUGUUCAAAUCGCUGCCAUAUUAGACCAGAAGAAUUAUGUUGAAGAACUAAAUAGACAACUGAACAGCACAGUCAGCAGUCUCCAUUCAAGAGUUGACUCAUUAGAAAAGUCAAAUACUAAGCUGAUUGAAGAGUUAGCAAUAGCAAAGAAUAAUAUCAUUAAACUCCAAGAAGAAAAUCAUCAAUUACGAAGUGAAAAUAAAUUGAUUUUAAUGAAAACACAGCAGAACCUAGAGGUUACCAAAGUAGAUGUGGAAGCUGAGCUUCAAACAUAUAAGCAUUCUCGGCAGGGGCUUGAUGAAAUGUAUAAUGAAGCCAGAAGGCAGCUUCGAGAUGAAUCUCAGUUAAGACAAGAUGUAGAGAAUGAGCUAGCAGUACAAGUCAGUAUGAAACAUGAGAUUGAACUUGCCAUGAAGUUGUUGGAGAAAGAUAUCCAUGAGAAACAAGAUACUCUGAUAGGCCUUCGGCAACAACUAGAGGAAGUUAAAGCAAUUAACAUCGAGAUGUAUCAAAAGUUGCAGAGUUCUGAAGAUGGCUUGAAAGAAAAAAAUGAAAUAAUUGCCCGACUAGAAGAAAAAACCAAUAAAAUUACUGUAGCUAUGAGGCAGCUGGAGCAAAGAUUGCAGCAAGCAGAGAAGGCACAAAUGGAAGCUGAAGAUGAAGACAAGAAAUAUCUACAAGAGUGUCAGAGUAAAUCCGACAGUCUGCAGAAACAAAUCUCCCAAAAGGAGAAACAGCUGGCGCAGCUGGAAACUGAUUUGAAGAUUGAGAAGGAAUGGAGGCAGACUUUGCAGGAAGAUCUUCAAAAGGAGAGAGAUACCUUAUCUCAUCUUAGAAAUGAGACCCAGCAGAUCAUUAGUCUUAAAAAAGAGUUCCUUAACAUCCAGGAUGAAAAUCAGCAGUUGAAAAAAAUAUAUCACGAACAGGAGCAAGCUCUUCAAGAACUUGGCAGCAAACUUAGCGAAUCAAAACUUAAAAUAGAAGAUAUAAAAGAAGCCAACAAAGCACUGCAGGGACUGGUUUGGUUGAAAGACAAAGAAGCAACACAUUGUAAACUUUGUGAAAAGGAAUUCUCACUCUCCAAGAGAAAGCACCACUGUAGGAACUGUGGGGAAAUUUUCUGUAACGCUUGCUCUGACAACGAAUUGCCUUUGCCUUCUUCACCAAAGCCAGUACGGGUUUGUGAUUCCUGUCACGCAUUGCUGAUCCAGAGAUGCUCAUCCAACUUGCCAUAAAACUCCAGAACUAAGUCCUUACAUAUGAGCGUACCUACAAUGGGUGGUUAAUGUGUGAACACGUAUAUGCUGUUUAGACAGCCCUUAUUAAGCAGCUCUCAGAUGGUUUUAUCUUCCACAUAUUCAUGGGAACUAGAAGCUGUAGAAUAGCUCAUUGUUACUCAAGAACUUUCAACAGGGCAUGCUUUAAAAUUUAGCUUAAUUCCUAACUGAUGUAAUAAUCAUGUAACUUUUAACGCCAUUGAAAAGGCCAGAUAACAUAGCUCACACACACACUUGCCUUAUUUUGUAAAGGCCUUCUUAAAAGUAGGGGUGCAGAUGGUUUAACUCUCCAGAUUGUCAAGUUGGUAUUUGACGGUGCCUGUAGGUUUCUUAAUGCACUUUAAAGCUUCACAGUUCUCAAAGAUCAGAAAUACAUUGAACUUUUUACAAGUAUUACUAUUCCAACUCGACAGACUUCCUUAGCUUGCUAAGAUUUCAACCUUAACUCUGUCCUUUCUGCCCUACUGCCUUUGCUCAUUUUGCAUUAGAAAUGGCCAAUACUUUAGCCUAUAGAAUUUCCUUUUGGUCUUCCUGUAAUCAUUAAUGUAUUUAUUAGUACUUCUCAGAUAUAGUGGGUUAAAGAGGUACUAUUUUACCUCAAUUUUUUUCCUUUGAAAGGAAGUUAAAACUAUCCUUUUCUUUUUACCAAAAAAAGUUACCACUUGCAGAUCUUUCCAUAUGCUAUUCCUGCUAACACUGCUAAUUUUUUUUUUAGGGAGGGCUCAUACUUCUUUAAAUUAAAAAGAAAGAUCUGUCCCCAGAAAAAAGGUUUAUUGUUAGGGAUUACAGGCUCGAGUGGUUCUCCUCUAAGCAUUAAAGGAGAAACCUAAAAUAGCUAAACUUUGCCUUUGAUAUUUUUUAUUGUAUCAUAUUCUAAUAACUUUUAGGAAGCAUUACAUCAUAGUAGUGAUCCACUACUGCAGUUAUAAAUAAACACAGUGAAGUAUUCACCAUAUAAUGAGAAACUCUAAGGCAGCAUCUGGAGCAGAUGAUCUGAUCUCAGCCCUGCCAUAAACACAUCAACUAUUUCAAGCAUGAAAGAUUCAAUAAACACUAAUCUCAUUACACUGCUUGUAGCGUACCAAGAAUAUGUAGUUACCCUUGUAUGAUUAAUCCUUUGAGUAGCACUCAAACUUGGGAUACCCUUUCCCCGCCUCCCCUUAGGUAUUAAUUUUAGCUAUGCACUUUAAGUCUAUGACCCUUCACACAGGUCACAUAGGAAUUUAUUAUUAAUCCUGAAUUAAUCCUGACUACCCUCCUCCCACCUAAAAUGGAAUUACUUAUUCUGCAGGAUCCUUUCCUCAGAAUAUACUAUUUUCACUUGGGUUUAAAAAAAUAAAUUUUCAAAAUCGCCAAAGUAUGAAGCCAGUAUUUUACUCGAUUUUCUCCAUAUCCAGUUAGCUUUUAAGGUCUUCAGUUAGAACUGCUGUACAGAUUUUUAGGUGGUCUUUCUUGAGUGCCGACAGAAAUGUUGUCAAGAGAUGAAUUAUAUUCUUGAACUGUUUUGUAUUGAUGGGAUGAACUAACAUUUUUACGAUUGCUAAAAAAUAAGCAAAUAUGAAAUUUCAAGUACUGUUUUUUAUUAUUGUGCUGCUUAUUAGAGCAAAUUUCUGAAUGUGAUUUUGCUUAAAUUCUAAGGCUGGUUUCUUCAACAAAUAAACCAUGAUUUUCAGUCCCCCUUUAAAUUCUUUGUUACUCAAAACUCCCAUGAUCACCCACCACUGAUCUGGGCUUGUAUGCAAGCCUUUAGGACAGCAAUCCCCCCUUGUUUCAUUUAGUUUGGGCUCUUACUUAAAAGCUAGCUAUACUAAAUUUUGGAUUUUGUUAUAAAACUUAAUUUGUAUUGUGAUCUAUACUAUUUGUCAAGAUUUGCCCUCAUAGAAAGUAUUUUAGCCAGUACUACAAUAAUGCUGUGGUGGUGCCAAGGAAUUGUGACUGUAAUUCUUUUACUCUGCGAUGUUUUAAAACAAAAUGUGAAUUUUAUAAACCAAAUAAAAGAUAUGAAAAAUUAGCCUUUCAAAUGGCAACUUGCAUUUAUGACUUUUAUUACUUGAUUUUAAUAGGAUAGUCCUGGGAAAAUCAAACCACAUAAGAUCUUUAAAGGAUAAGUGGUAGGAGCCUAAUA